UGUAGUAGAAAAUAGAACUAGAGUUUUUUGUGAAACCAAGUUUUAUUUUAGAUUAUUUGGUUGUGUUCCCAACGCGGGUUGUUUCGGUACCGCGGAACCAAGAAACGUCCGAGGUCUUGUUUCUCACGGAUUCUUUUGCGCCUGCCAACAUGGAAGUGAAAAACGCAAACGCAGCCAUGCUCAGCAACUAUGAGGUGUUUCAGUUGCUGACUGACUUGAAGGAAGAGAAGAAGGACAGCGGCAAGGGCAAACACAGCACCGGGCAGCAGAAUCUCAACACCAUCAUGUAUGAGACGCUCAAGUACUUGUCCAAGACGCCGUGCGGCCGCCAGAGUCCCGAGAUGGUCGACGCCUUCCUGUUGGCCAUGAUGCGGCACAAACUCACAAAGGCUGAGAAGCUGCAGCUGCUCAACCACCGACCGCAGACCGCCGUGGAGAUGCAGCUGAUGGUGGAGGAGAGCGAGGAGCGUCUGUCCGAGGAGCAGAUCGAGGAGCUCAUUCUGACCAUCUCAGAGGUUCUUCCCGGGGAUCCGGAGCAGGAAGAGGCGACGAGCGGCGAUGGGGGGGCGGCCUGAGCGCCGCCGCGUCAACUGGGUGGGAGCACUUGUCGAGGCGGCGGCGCUCGGAUGCGCUCGCUCAACCCUUGCGCGUCGUCGCCAAGGGACGGCGCGAGGCGGCCCGGGAUUCGGAUCGUAUCCCAGCACAAACGUCUUUAUCCGGCAUCCGCAAAAGGACGUUUAGUUUUCUCGAUGCUCUUUGAAUGCAGCGCAUUUCGUCUUGCGGCCACUUGCGGUCCUAGAAUGUCAUCGAUGACACGAAAGACACUUGAAUUUUGUUGUUGUUGUUUUUUUUAAUCUGCAUUUUUUUCAUGCCGCCUCGGGGUCGGUCGCAUCAGUAAAAGCACCCUUGCCAGAGGGCCUAUUUUUAAAUUUUCUUGUUGUCCAAAUUUUCCUUCAUUUCAUGAAUGCAAACGUCGUCUUUCUUCAACUUGUGUGGGGAAAUUAAGCAUCCAGCAUGAUCACGACUUGAA